AAUCUUUCACUUAGUGAAGUUUAACAGAAGACCAUGCAGUUCUUUUCGAAGAGAUGAUGAGAUGUACUUGUUCUGCAAGGACAGUCAGUGCCGCAACAAGCAAUUACUGACCUUUUCAUCCUAUUGGAGGAGAAGCUUUUAAAUGAAUUGAAGAGCUUUUUGUAGCUGAAAGAAAAUGAUGGAAGAGAGUGGUAUAGAAGUGACUCCACCUGGCACGCCCCCACCAAGCACAAGCACAGCAAGGGAUUCUGCUGCCGCUGCUGCUGCCGCUGCUGCUGCCACUGCUACACCUGUCUCAUUAGCAGAUACUGUUGGAAGAAGCAUAGAAAAUGUUGCUGAAGAUUUGAAGAAACAAGUAUUAGAAGAAAUGACACAGCAUGGCAGGUUUCCUAUAAAGUUGCCUGGAAGUGCUCUGGCAAAUCCUGUUACGCAACAAGCAAAUCUGUCAUCAGCUUUGGCUCCUGGAACGGAUUCUACCAUCACUUUUCCUGAGGAGCAUGAUGACCCCAGAGUAUCAACUGCCACAGGAGGGCUGUGGGGAUUUAUAAAGGGUGUAGCUGAGAAUCCCAUGGUGAAGUCUGUUCUUGACAAAACCAAACAUUCAGUGGAGACCAUGAUCACAACACUGGAUCCUGGCAUGGUUCCAUAUAUCAAAACUGGGGGAGAACUGGACAUAGUGGUUACUUCUAAUAAAGAGGUAAAAGUUGCAGCAAUUCGAGAUGCCUUUCAAGAAGUCUUUGGAAUGGCGGUUGUUACUGGAGAGGCGGCUCAGUCUAACAUUGCACCCCAACCUGUAGGCUAUGCAGCAGGUUUAAAAGGAGCCCAAGAAAGAAUAGACAGCUUGCGUCGGACAGGAGUAAUACAUGAAAAACAGCCCGCUGUAUCAGCAGAAAGCUUCAUUGAGGAAUUGCUUCCUGACAAGUGGUUUGACAUUGGAUGUCUGAUUAUUGAGGAUCCCAUUCAUGGAAUUCAUCUGGAAGCUUUUACUCAAGCAACACCUGUGCCUUUGCAGUACGUUCAGCAGGCGAAGAGUCUCACUCCUGAGGACUACAGUCUGAGAUGGUCAGGCCUGUUGGUGACCGUGGGUGAAGUGCUUGAGAAGAACAUACAGAAUGUCAACAGGACUGAUUGGCACGUGGUAUUCACUGGCAUGUCCCGUCGACAGAUGAUCUACAGUGCAGCAAAGGCUCUAGCAGGAAUGUACAAACAACAGUUACCACCCAGGACUGUUUGAAAGAAAGCUGAUCCAUGACACUACUGGCUUUGUGAUUCUAGAAUUGAAGUGAAAGCUGCACAUUCUAAUUCUCAGUGGAUGCAGCACACAUUUGUAAUCUAACUUUAAACUGAAUUUUACUUUUUAAGAAGUGAAGGUAAUUUCCAGUAGCAGAAAUGAGCUAUUGUAAUUUUUAACUAAUAUGAUUUCCAAUAUGAUUCACAAAAUUGGAAGUGAGAACAAAUACAUAUUUAUAACUGGAACAAAUAGCAUUACAGUUUGUAUGGUGAAUGUGUUGUUAUUUGAGACCUUAACUAUGCAUUUGCUGAGAUAUUUUAGUUAGUAUACUUUUUAAAAGAAGGGGAUAAUUGUUUAGCUAUUUCUGUUAUAUUAGUAAUAUACACAUGUUGACAGCAUAAAAUGUAUUUUAUAUAUAUGCAUUUCAAUCCAGAGUCUAUCUUCUGUAUUAGGUGGUUUCUUGGAGCCUGUGCUUAGAUGAUACUUAACACCUGAUAUGUUUUCAUGUCUGUACAGAAGUUCUCAGGAGUGACGCUGAGUAGCCCUUUCAACACAUACCAGUCAGCUGCUAAAAAAGCAGAAAUCCGUUCCUCAUUAGUUGAAAUUUUUGCUAAAUUAUUUUGAAAUUUCAUGUUCCAUGCUCCAUCUUUUUUCUGUUGUGGUUUUUUUUUUUUUUUUUUGUAACAGUAAUGAGAUGCAUGUCUAAUUAAAACAUUAGACAACUUUCAAGUGCUUCAGUGGGUCAUAGAUCAGGUACCACAUACAUAUGAAAUUAUCUCAGCAGUUUCAACAAUGUAAUUUACUCCAGUGCUUCCAAACGUCAUCUUUUUUACGGAAUUCUGUAAUUUCUUCUAUGAAGUUAUGGUUGUCAGCAGUUUGAUGUGAAAAUGGUGAGAACUGUAUCACUUGCUUUGCUUUCCUGGGUUUUCUGAGUAUUUUGAAAUCUUAAAUGUCUUCCUGGUAUCAUGAGCUCAUUGUUUCUCAUGUAAGGCUUCAGUGGUGUCUGAUUAUUUUCAUGGCUACAAAUGCCCUCUAUCCAUGCUUACACAAUCUUAAACCUGUAUUUAGAAAUAUGGAAGUAAUUGUGAAGAAAAUGUUUCAGUAAUAAUACUUUUUUAAGAAACAAAGAAUUAAAAAAUACUUUUUGUUUGCCUUGAAGCAGUUCUUCAUCUUAUACUGCUCUUUGAUGCUGUCAAAUGACAUUUUUAUAUAUAACAAGAUGUUAAGCCAGCUCAUAUUUGUACCCAGUGAAAGCCUAUUUCCAAGUAAUAUAUUUUGCCUUAAUUGGUUUACUCCAUAAAUCAGUUGAAUAAAUGAUUUUCCUACAGGAUUGUAUCCAUUUUAGAGGUUUAUUUUUUAAUAUAGGUGAUGAAUAUAUGUUUAUUGAAAUGAUUUUUGCAUGGUUAAAUUAUGAAUUUGGCACAUACUUAAAUGCCUGUCUUGUCUGAAGAAACCCCCAAACAAACAGAAUCUGACUCUUGUGGUCUUGAGAUCUCUUGGGAGCACUUCUUUGUAUCAUAAACUAGGAGGAUGAUACAGGGACUUCUGUUUGUCAUUUUUUGCUAGUCAUCUUCACUUUUAUUGUAGUUUCAGUUUGCAGUGUAUAAUAUGUUGAAUGCUGCCCUUUUAUCCUCUGCUUGCAGCAUCCUCCAUGAUGCAAAUGAAGAGGACAUGGAAUCAUCAAUAGGUUUAUAUGCCCUGGCCUAAGUUAAAAUUAAAACUGAAGAAACUGAAGGAGAAUUUGUGUUUUCUUUCUCUUUCCUGGCCUUGGUCUUCACUGGUUUUCAGUGGUGGUAAGAGUGGAGACAGAAGGCAGCUUCUUGUUCUUGCAGCAUCUGGUUCAUUUUGGUGACAUUGGCCCAGCAUUCCAGGUAUCUUGCAUGGCUGCUAAAGUGGCAUUUUCCAAGGCUGCCUUAGCCUGCCUCAGAGAACUUUUGCAUCUCUUUUCUCCUGUAAAAACUUGCUUGCUUUAUGCCAAAAUGAGAGUGUCUGCACACUCUUCUCUCUGCGUGCUUUCUCCAUGUGGUUGGAUGCUGGGAUAUGACAUGGUCAAGUGAAGCGGUCUUUCUCCAUUCAGAAUCUCUGGCUUGAUAAAGAUCUGUUGAUGUAGUUUUGACAGCUCACCCAAGAAUAAAAAUGGCUUAUCUUGAUAA